AUGUCACAUAGAUCAUUAUUUAAAGGAAAGAAGUUCAGUAAAGAAUCAACUCCAUUAUCCAAUAGUUCAUCUCGUAUUACAUCAGCAUCGAGAACUCCAAUACGUAAUACUGAAGAUUCAGAUGAUGAAGAAGGUGAUGAACGAGAACAACUUGAAUAUCUUAAAUUAGAAGAAUUAUUAAGAGAAAAAUUAACUAGUUUGCAAAAUACUGAAAUANUUGAAUAUCUUAAAUUAGAAGAAUUAUUAAGAGAAAAAUUAACUAGUUUGCAAAAUACUGAAAUAGAAACAAGUAAAGAAGAUAGAAUUAGUGUUGGCGAUAGAAGACAACAUACUGCUAAUUUAUUAAAUGAAACUAGAAUUCAAUCAAAAGCAACUACAAUUACUGAUAUAAUUGUUUCUUUAAGUUUUAGUAGAACUGAUGUUAGUUCUCAUUCAAGAGAAUUGUUAUUAGCUCAAUUAUAUAAACUCAUUGUAUCGAAACCAAUCAUAGUUGCUAAUGAAGAAAAUAUUGGUACUAAUAAUUAUGUUGAUGAAGAUAAAGUGAAUAAAGUUAUUAAUAUGUUUGUUGUUGGUGAUUAUAGAAGUAAUAUUGAAUUUGAAUAUUUAUUCAAAUCAGUGAUCGCAUUAGUUUGCAGUGAUAUAGAAGACUUUGGUUCUUUGGUUACAAAUGAGUUUUAUACCUACAUCAAUAAAUUAUUAGUAGAACCAGCUACAAGUAUAAUCACCAAUCAAAACAAAGCAUACAUCAUCAGUGGAUAUGUCUCCCUUAUUCUCGUGCUUCAUCAUGGAUCUUCCGAGUUUGGUAUCGAUGACAGAAUCCUAGUCUUGAUGGAUAUUGCUGAAGGUUAUACUGCCAGUUCAACAGCUCUCAAGAAACAAGUGGAAACUGGAGACAGAGAACAUGCAACAUUCAUAACUGAUAAGAAUAUGGAUAAACGUUUAAUCAACGAAGCCAAUUCAAAAGUAGCAGAAGAAGCACUAGUAUCAGUCACUGCCUUACAUGGAAUUGGAUGUCUUUUGACAUUAUUACCCAAGGGAAAUUUCUUGAAUGAAUUUGUUCAAGAUUUAAUGAUUAGGUUGAUUCCAUUAUUGGAUAAUGAUGAAAAUCGAGAUAUUGCAAAAGCUGCAGGUAGGACAAUUGCUGUUAUUUAUGAAAAGUAUGAUUAUUCAUUAGAAGAAGAUGAAGAAGAUGGAGGAGCUCAAUUUGAUGAAGAUUAUAAUGUAAAUUCUCCAUAUUAUGAACAAGAACAAUUAUUCGCCAUAUUGGAAAGAUUAUUGAAUUUAUCUUCUAAAAAAGUUUCUAAAAAGGAUAAAAAGGAAGUUAAUUCUGUCUUUAGAAAUAUCUCAAACACUGUAAGGACAUAUGUAGACCCAAGUAAACGAGAGUUGGUAUAUAAGGGUACACCGGAAGGUUUACAGUUACAAAGCUCAACUAUUGAUUCUUCUUCGAUAAAGUUAUCCAAGUAUAAAACGUUAAGGAUAAAUACAUGGUAUUCAUAUAUUAGAUUAAAGCAUUUAAGAUGGUGUUUUAGUUUUGGAUUACAUUCACAAUUAUUAGUUAAUGAAUCAAUACGAGAUAUUUUGAAAACUCCAGACAACGAGUAUCAAUAUGGAAGUACUAGUCAAGCCGAUUUCUUUGAAGAUAUAGCUGAUGAAGAUCAUGCUGUUGUGAAUGAAUAUUUCGAAUAUAGGAAUUCAGUUAAUGAGAAAUCGAGAAAGGAAAAGAGAAAGAAAGACCGGUUGGCUAAACUAGGUGAUCAAUUUGGUGAAUUAUCAAUGGCGUAG